AUGGAGUCCAGGAUACGGCUAUCCUAUCACGAUUACUCUGUCGGAUGGAUAUGCGCCUUGCCGUUGGAGAUGGCAGCUGCGAAACUGAUGUUGGACGAAGAACAUCCCCCUUUACCUCGUCAACCAACGGAUCAGAAUACCUAUAUUCUUGGGCGCAUCGGGGGCCAUAAUAUCGUCAUUGCUAGCUUACCGAGUGGUGUAUAUGGCAAUACGUCGGCUGCAACAGUUGGGAUGCAGUUGUUGUCUAGUUUUCGCUCCAUUCGCAUUGGUCUACUGGUCGGUAUCGGAGGAGGAGUACCAAGUGGCUUUGCAGAUAUUCGAUUAGGGGAUAUAGUAGUGAGCCAACCAACAGACACUUGUGGAGGCGUAAUUCAAUACGAUCUCGGUAAAACGUUGAACGAAGGUCAAUUCCGGCGGAUCGGAAUGCUCAAUCGGCCCCCUAAACUUUUGUUGACUGCCCUCACAUCCCUCCGAGCAAAUCACUACACGGGAGGUAGUAGAAUACUUGAGUUCAUCUCCGAUGUUCAAGCCAAAUUGAUGCCCAACAACGCGGAAAUAUUCACACGACCAAUCCAAAAGGACUGUUUAUACGAAGCAGACUAUGAUCAUGCCCAAUCUGAUUUGUGUUUCAAUUGCGAUCGAUCUAAAUUGCUUGUACGGCCCCCACGAGGCCACAAAGAACCAGUUAUCCACUACGGACUUAUUGGAUCUGCUAAUCAGGUGGUGAAGGAUGGGAAGCGGCGGGAUCAGCUGGCCCGGGAAUUGGGCAUAUACUGUGUGGACAUGGAAGCCGCGGGACUCAUAAAUGAUUUUCCUUGUCUGGUCAUUCGGGGAAUCUGUGAUUACGCCGACUCGCACAAAAAUAAAGAAUGGCAAGGAUACGCAGCAGCCAUAGCGGCAGCUUAUGCGAAAGAGCUUCUGUUGAUAGUCCCAAUCGAUCAAAUCACCAGUGUUCCAACCGCACAAGAAGCACGUGCAGACUGUGUCACUUGUUUCAACGUCUCGUUCAACAUAGCCGCUGUUCCAGUGAUUGAGAAUUUCUUAGGGCGACAGGACGAGCUAGACCAACUCUGGCGGUAUUUGCGACCCACGGACUUGCAAUCACGAAAAGUUGCUAUUCUUUAUGGCCUUGGGGGAAUUGGGAAGACACAGCUAGCGAUUCGUUUUGCGCGGGAUCAUAAACAUGAUUUCACUGCUAUCUUUUGGCUAAAUGGUAAAGACCGAGGCGUGCUUUUACAAUCACUAAGCUCAAUCUUGCCCCAGUUACCCGGACAGUCUUUGAAUAACGAGAAGUCUAAUAAUGAGGAGAUAGAGCAACGUGCUAUGAGAGUGUUACGGUGGCUAGAAAUAGAGGGAAACUCACACUGGCUAAUUAUUUUUGACAACAUUGACCAUUACUCUCCCUUCAGCGCUGUUGGCGAUACAUAUGAUAUCGGAGAAUUUUUCCCCGCCGCCGAUCAGGGCUCUAUUCUCAUUACUACUCGACUUCAAAGCUUAAGUGAUUUAGGGAAACCUUUCCCUAUCAACAAACUUGAAUCUAACGAUGCAAUCCAACUGCUCCUGCAAAGCAGUCGCCUCUCAGAUGCCACUACGGGCCUUGAAAGCGAUCCAGAUAUCCUUGAUCUUACUGGUCGUCUAGAUGGACUGCCAUUAGCGAUUGUCAUCGCUGGGGCUUUUAUGCGUGAAACAGGAAUCAAUGCCACUGAGUAUUUGGAGUAUUAUCAAGAAUCAUGGUCCAACCUACAGUUACAGUCGAGUCCUUUGCGCCAGUAUCAACAAGGCAACAUGCUGCAAACAUGGAUGAUCUCGUAUCAUGAGAUCCAGAAGCGGGAUUUGGACGCAGCGAAGCUGCUAUUAGUGCUUGCCCACUUUGAUAAUCGAGAUCUCUGGUAUGAAUUGAUACAAGGCUGCUGUUAUAGUUCAGAUGUCCCUCUGUGGCUUAAGAGGAUUACGGCAAGUAGCCUCGCAUUUAAGAUCAGUGUGAGAACUCUUCUCGAGUUCUCACUUCUUGAGAUUAAGCCACAUAGGGGGGGCUUAUAUGAUGCAUUCGGUGGUACAAAGUUGCAACGGCUGAUUCCACAUGCACGUCACGUCUGUCGGGGGGAUUGGUUAAUUUGUGAUGUUGAGAUUUGGGGGGCACUCCAUAGUUUAGGAGAUCUAUACUUCGAGCUGGGGAGUCUAAAAGAGGCAGAAGAGAUGUACCAGCGAGCACUAUUGGGCAGGGAAAAUGCCCUUAGUCCGGAACAUACAUCCACUCUUAGCACAGUCAACUGCCUUGGUAAUCUCUACAAAGAGCAGGGGAAGCUCAAAGAGGCAGAAGAGAUGUACCAGCGAGCACUUUUGGGUCGGGAGAAGGUCCUUGGUCCGGAACAUACGUCUACUCUUGGCACAGUCAACAAUAUUGGUAAUCUCUACAAAGAGCAGGGGAAGCUCAAAGAGGCAGAAGAGAUGUACCAGCGAGCACUGUCGGGUAGAGAGAAGACAUUCGGCCCAGAAUAUCCGGCCACUCUUAGCAUAGUCAACAACAUUGGGAAUCUCUUUAGAGCUCAGGGGAAGCUAGAGCUGGCCGAGCAGAUGUACCAGCGAGCACUGUUGGGCAGGGAGAGGGCCCUCGGUCUUGAACACGCAUUCACUCUUGCUACUGUCACCAACCUUGGGAACCUUUACAAGGAUCAGGGAAAGCUAGAGCAGGCAGAAGAGCUGUACCAGCGAGCAUUGACAGGCAGGGAGAAGGUUCUCGGUUUAGAACACAUGUUUACCCUCAAUACUGUCGGCAACCUUGGGCUUCUCUACCAAGAUCAAGGGAAGCCGAAAAAUGCAGAGGAGAUGUACCAACGAGCGUUGGCAGGCUUUGAGAAAACCCUAGGCUCAGACCAUGAAAGAUCCCGGUGGGUUAGAGGCAAAUUGAAUGAGCUAAACAUGCGGAUGUAA